AUAUACGUCAUUCUUCAUCUGUGGAAGUAAAAAUACAAAGUACUCUGUGUAGUUAGAUCUUAGAAGCAAACGUCACAACGUGGUUGUACUUAGAAAUAAUUAAUUACAUUUUAAAAAUUUUAACUUUUGUCUAUUGUUAUAUACCUAUAUAAAAGAAAAACAACUACUAACAUUGAAAGCAACAAAAUGUUAUGCAGAAAAUGUAAUUCUGAAGGAUCAUUAGCUAUAAGAAAAGUUUAUUUCUAUUGCGAAAAUUGUUUCAUAGCUACCAUUAUACAUAAGUUUCGAUCAUGUAUUGGGAAAAAUACAAAAUUAAAAUUAACCGAUAAGGUUUUAAUUUGUUUGUCUGGAGGAAUAUCAUCUACAGUUUUGAUGGAUUUGGUUAUGAAUGGAAUCUCAUUAAAUAGUCAUAAGAAACUUCAGAUAACACCAAUAUUUUUGCAUGUAACAGGAUUUGAUGAACAUAGUGAAGCAAUUACAAAGUCAAUAAGCCACCAUUGCAAAAUAAAACAUUUAGAUUUUCAUAUUGUGAAUGUUAGUCAGUUUACUUCAGUAGAAAAUAAUGACAGAAAUAUUUUUGAAAUACAGCAUCCAUUCAAUAAACUUUCUCAAACCACAAGAAUUGAUUACAUUUCUAAAAUGAAACAACAAAUUUUUUACAAAGUGGCUAAGGAAUUUGAAUGUAAUUUAAUAUUUUCUGCAGAAACAAACACAAAAUUAUCUGAAAAAUUACUAACCAAUUUAGUAACAGGAAGGGGCUCCCAAAUAGAAAAUGAUGUUGGUUUUUGUGAUGACCGUCACAACGAUAUUAAGGUUUUGCGACCCAUGAGAGAAAUAACCAAAGAAGAACUUGACCAUUAUGUAAGAAUAAAGGAGUUGAAUCCCUAUAACAGUAACAAUGUUCAAGAACUAAAUAGUUUACAAUCUAUCAUUUCAAAAUUUGUAUGUGAUCUACAAGAAAAUACUCCUGCUACAAUUUCCACAAUUUGCAAAACUGCUGAAAAAAUUGGUUCCGAGGAAGGAAAUGAAACUAAAAAAUAUUGUAUAGCUUGCCAGAAUAGAAUUGAUGUUCAAUCUGCCAAAUUAACAGCUGUUUCUGCAAUAGCUUACUCAAAAAAGGUUUCGUCGGCCUUGAAAAAUGAAAGUAUACAAUUGGAAGAUGAUUUAUCAGUUAGUUCAGUGUUUCCUCAUAUUUAUGAUUCUUUGUGUUAUGGAUGUAGUAAAAAUUAUUGUGAAAUAAAAAUGGAGGCAUAAAGAUAUAAACAAAUAAAUUAUAAAAAAAUUAUGUUCUGCUUCAGCUAUUUAUAUGCAAUAAAAAUAACAUAAACUACAUUGAAAAUAUUAAAAAAGAAAUGAAAUAAAUGAAUGUUUAAAAAACUUAGACAGGCUUUUUAUAGUAGACCAAUGUAAAACUAGAAAAUAAGUUUUAAUAAAUUUGAGUUAAGAAUGAUCUAAUAAAUAAAAAACUAUAACCACUCUACUCACAUCUGCCAAUAACAUAUAAAUAUUGACAUGAUACACUGCACGCUUUUUUUUUAAAUAUGCUUCUUUAUUUGCACUGCUAUAUUUAUUUAAAUUUUUAAAAUUUCUUAGCAAAAGUUGUUCCGUCUGAAGUCAUUUUUUGUCGACUUAAAAUAAUCGACAUUUGGAACAUAAUAUGGUGUUGAUAUCAAAGAUAUCACUUAUUCCACAGAAUAUAAGCUGUGCCUCCACGCGGUCACGGCAUGAUGAUCAUAAUUGAAAUUAGGACUACACUGACGCAAAACUCCCAAAUAUUUUGUCUUAUUUCCUUUUUCAUUUAUCUUCCAUGGCAGCCUAACCGUUAACGCAACCCGACUUAUCGACGCUUUACAAUGUUAUAUUACUGUAGCUGUAAUCCUCACUGGGUGUGGUGCCGGUGAGACUCCAUACCACUCAUCACCAAUUUCCUCUUUCAAUUUAGCGCACACAGUACAGCGACUACAGGCUUUGCCAUGACAAUAAACAAGUCACAGGGGCAGACGCUUAAAGCCGCUGGUGUUAAUCUGACAACCGGCUGCUUUUUCUCAUGGUCAACUUAAUAUGACUUCGAGGUUCAGCAGCGCUUCCGGUCUUUAUAUAUUGACUCCUGAAGGAAAUGUCUAAAAUAUAGCACACUUUAAAAGUUAUUUGAAUUGUAAUAUAUAAUUGUCAAUUCAGUGUACUAUUAAGGUAAGUUUGUUCGGAUCAAUAUGUUCAUCUUCUCUCUGAUGUUAAUUAUUUUCCACGAUGGCAAAAAUGUAUUUAAUUCAAAAACAAGCUCGACCUGUUAUUGUUUGAAACAAAACCCUUUCAAAAAAACAUUACACAAUAUAAAUAUAUACAUACAAAUAUAGUACAAAUUAAAAUAAACCUACUGAUUUUUAGAGAGGUAGUUUUCUCUUAACCCCCCCUCGACCUCCAUACAGGACCUUCCAGACCCUCCAUUUCGUAUGUGCCACAGUAGCUGCUAUUACUCAUAUCUACGAAAAUUUAUCCAGAUCCAGCCAUACGUUGUGAUGGUCAAAUUAAAUUCAAAAUUGUUGAUUUUAUAAAAGUGUUUGGGUGACUUGCAAAAUGCGUUGCGUGUCUAUACCGAAUCUUAUUCCGUGCUAGUAUAUUAUAUAAGUAUACUAAAAUUAAUUGUUAGCUUGAUGUAUGGUGCGGCUGCUUUUUUACGACCAUUCGA